AUGACCGCAAUUUCCCACAUCCAAAUCUCCACAACAGCUGUAUACGGUUUCAUCAAUUUGACCCCAUAUGGAUAUGUUUAUCAGCCGGUGCCGGACUGCCUCGCACACUUUACGUUCCAGGUGAAAGCUUGUCGUGAUGCAUUUGUGGGACUUUUCAACACUUCCGGAGAACCUUACACAUACAGAAUUGUUCUAGGUGGUUGGGAAAAUGUCAAGUCAAGAUUAAAAACUUGGUCGUCCUAUUCCGUUUAUAAUUUCGAGAGCAAUAUAGUGGAUUGUAACGUCUACAAGAGUUUCUGGGUAUCCUGGCGGAACAACGUUAUAUCGGCAGGGCGUGGCAACUCAUUCAAUGUUGGCACGUUAUUGUCACUUACUGACCAACAUCCAAACCAAAUACGAUAUGUUGGAAUUUCGACAGGAUUCGGUACUUCGGGUGAAUGGAAGAUACCAAAUGAACGUCCACCACUGCACUGCUAUCAACAUGUCCAAUGGUCUGUUAAACCAGGAUAUCAGAACACAAACAUGACAGCCAACAUCACGUGGUCUGUGAUAGCCGAUAACCUCGGACAGUGUGCUGUGGCCUGUAAACGAAAUAAUGCGUGCGUGUCCUUUGUAUAUAACAACGAAACAAAUGUGUGUCAAGGUCACGGGCUAAAGUUCCAAAGCAUCGCCGAAGGUCAAGGUCACACAGAGAAAGGAAGUCAUUACUUCACCAAGCCGUAAAUUUGUGUGUAUAGGAAAACAUCGAAAACUAAACAUUAGUCAAGAUAAUUGGCAGUUCGAGGCCCGUAAGGCAAAGGCACCCCACAACAGUUAUUGACGGUGUUUCAAUUAAACACUGACUUGUUUUCUCAAUAACGUAAAUCCUCUUCACAUCCUUAUGCUUUUACAUGAUUUAAGGAAAAUGAAGGAAAAACAACAUAAACGCUAUAUCAUAUAUCACUCUACAAAAUGUGAUCAAGGAUGUUUCAGAAACCGAGAGAAACGAACAAACCUAUGACUGUAUGUUACUGUUUUUUUCUAUCUGUUUAUUUAUUAGACGAUUUGAAUGACAUCAAUAGACGUCUGUCUUAAGUUGUACACUUAAAGCAACUAUAACUGUAGAUUCCAUACCAGAGCCUAUAUCAAAAGUUUACAUUUUGUGUAGUAUAUCAUUUGUAUUUGUGUUCCAUAUUUCAAUAUUAAUGAUCUAAUUGUAUUAUUUAUAUUGUAUAAUUAUCCAUUAAUAUUC